AUGUCGGAAAAUGAGAAUUCAUCACAAGGUUGGAAACGAUUAGAGCAAUGGGUAUCGAGAGUUGUAGAAUAUUCAUCACAAUAUAACGAAACGACAUGGAGCGCCAAUAUGAUUAUUGGAGAACCAAGAGUUUUUCCUCAACAUGGCGAUAUUCAGGGUGCUUGGGCCCAAGGUGAUCGAAGUGCUCAUGAAUUUAUCAUUGUUGAAUUUGCGAGAAGUGUAUAUCCAGAACAUAUCCAUAUUUAUGAAACAUAUAAUCCAGGUGAAAAGUUUCAUGCCGUAAUAGUGUGUGUUCGAAAUGGUAAUGAAGAAGACGAAGAAUGGGAGACAGUGUAUGAAACAGCUCAACCACAUGUAAUAGCUGAUGCGCGUAUAUUUAACAUAUCCUGCAAUAAUACUCAAACAAAAAUAAUUAAUCAAAUUCGAUUAGAUCUUAAUUGUUCAGCAGCUGGUAGCUGGUGUGAAAUUGAUUGUGUAAAAUUAAUUGGUCAUUUAUGUCAUUCUGGUUAUUCAUUGAAAGAAUUAAGUACAGAUCUUUCAACAUUAUUAAAUGAUGAUUAUUUUGCUGAUUGUACAUUUGAAAUACAAGGACGAACAAUAUCUAGCCAUCAAAAUAUUUUAUCUGUAAGAUGUUAUUAUUUUGAAUUAUUGUUUGAAAAAUAUCCUGUUACAAAUAAUGAACCAAUCAAAAUUACUAAUUGUUCGUACGAUACAUUUUAUCAAAUUCUUCAUUUUAUUUUUACUGAUAAAAUUGAACCCGUUUUAUCCUAUGAAAUAUGUAUUGAACUAAUGCGUGUUGCCGAUGAGUAUUAUUUGAGUGCUAUUUAUAAUCACGCAUUUACAAUACUAAAAAGUAUAUUAAAUAAGAAUAAUGUACUAAAAAUAUUUGCAUUAACUGGUCUAUUUUCAUCUGAACAAUUGGUAUUGGAUGAUGUUGUACAAAUGUGUGUAAGUUUUGUUCAAAAAAAUCGAAGUGAAGUUUAUUCAGGUGAUGAUAUCAAAAAUUUAUCAAAAGAUAUUGUUCUUCAAUUAAUAAAAUUAGUCUUAUAA